UCAAACCUGAAUCUCUGUGUUUCACCAUUGCUACAAGCAUGGCUGCAACUAGGGUUUUUCUAAUGGCGCUAAUGAUCUCGAUCGUACUAGCCAUCAUUUGUCCAUUUGCUCAACCUCAGUCGUUAGCCCCUGCGCCCGCUCCGUCCAGCGACGGUACUUCCAUCGACCAGGGGAUCGCUUACGGGUUGAUGAUUGCAGCGUUACUUCUGACUUAUCUAAUCCACCCCUUGGACGCUUAUGGUCUCUUUUCUUUGGAUCGAUGAACAUUGAUUUAUCUCCGAUUCUAGUGACCAAUCAUUGGUUGCAAACUGGUUUGAUUUGUUGAGCAUAACAUUUUGAAUAAAUCAUACCACCAGUUCUCAUCUUCUAAUUCAAGCAGCCGAUUAUUAGUUCCAUUUGUUGUACUAUUUUACUUUGGUCGUAGAAACAUACCUUUACAAUGGGUCC